UAGGCUGAGCAACGUGUACGGAAUCCAGAGCAACACAACAACAGUCUCCACGCCACCGACACCGGGGGGUCAGUAACGCGAUGAGAAGAUGCUCGGGCGGGUGCUGCGGCUCGCGCUGAGGCUGCGCGCGGCGGGGUACUGGGCGCUGGUGUACGGAUGCUGCGGCCUGUGCGCGUGCGUGUCGGUGCUGCGGCUGGGCUGGAGCGUGCUGAUCAGACCAGUCCAGACCUUCAGGUGGAGGGUGAGAGAGAGUCCGCCAGCCUGCCUCACCGACACCUCACUGGGCACCCACUGCUACGUCCGGAUCAAGGAGUCAGGACUCAGAUUUCACUAUGUUGCUGCAGGAGAGCGGGGGAAACCACUGAUGCUGUUCCUGCAUGGAUUCCCUGAAUUCUGGUUCUCAUGGAGGCACCAGCUGAGGGAGUUUAAGAGCGAGUUUCGGGUGGUUGCCGUGGACAUGCGUGGCUAUGGAGAGUCUGAUCUGCCCCCCUCCACCGAGUCCUACAGGCUUGACUACCUUGUCACUGAUGUCAAGGACAUUAUAGAGUAUCUGGGAUACAACAGAUGCUUCUUGGUGGGCCAUGACUGGGGUGGCAUCAUCGCGUGGCUCUUUGCUAUUUAUUAUCCUGAGAUGGUGGUGAAGCUGGUUGUGCUGAACAGUCCUCAUCCGAGUGUGUUUGCCGAUUACGCUCUUCGUCACCCCAGUCAGCUGCUCAAGUCCAGUUACUUCUUCUUCUUUCAGCUUCCACGCUUCCCAGAGCUCAUGUUUUCCAUCAACGACUAUAAGGCACUGAAGAGUUUGUUCACGAGUCGGAGUACAGGGAUCGGGCUGAAGGGUCGCUGGCUGACAGCUGAGGAGUUGGAGGCAUAUAUGUACGCCCUGUCUCAGCCUGGAGCCCUCACAGCUGCUCUGAACUAUUACAGAAACGUCUUCAACUUCCUUCCUCUCAGUCAGAGCGAGGUACGAUCCCCAGUGCUGCUCCUGUGGGGCGAGAGGGAUGCCUUCCUGGAGCAGGACAUGGCCGAGGCCUGCCGCCUCUACAUCCGUAACCAUUUUCGCCUCAACAUCAUCUCCGGUGCCAGCCACUGGCUCCAACAAGACCAGCCCGACAUCGUCAACACGCUCAUAUGGACGUUCCUCAAGGAGGGAGAGGGGCGCAAGAGCUACAGGAACUGAGACUGUAAAAAUGGGCUCCGCCCACAUGUGAACAAAUUCAUGAUCAAUGCAAGCACCCUGUCUGAAUUCAGCACAAGGCAGAAAUGAAUAAAACACAAACGUGAAGCUUAAAGCUUAAAGCACAGUUUAAUAGAGGAGUUGAGUAGAGGUUUUUUUACAUUAUUGUUUGCACUUUAUUGGCGAUAACAUUAGUAAGUGUUUGGCAAAAAUGUCCUGGUGAACAAGUCAUACUGCGUGGUGCCUUUAUUCACUUCAACUUGUACCAUGUUGCAACAGUAAACGAUGUGCUAUACGUGUUUAAUUUAUGCUGUGGGCUCGUUACGGUGUAAUCCAGACAAAUCACUCACAGAGACUCGUAGAGUCCUCGACUUCUCUUUCAGGUAGUGAUAUCGUAAUGGAAAAUGUUCUUCUUUUUAUGUUUUUUAUUCUUUUGAAAUACUCGGCUCAGAUAUUUGAAUGUUGUUGUUUUGAUCUCUCUGUAUGAUUAAAGAAAGUGAUGUUUAAAUAUUGUACUUUUUUGUAUCUCUUCCUACAUGCUGCACAUGAGAACAUCACUAAACCAGCUCUGUACCAUUUCGGUUUUCUUAGUAAAUAAAUGAUGGUCAAAAUAAA